CGGCCGCGGGGCGCGGCCCGGCCAAUGGGCGCGGCGCGGGGGCGGGACGCCUCACGCUCACCGGGGCAACGGGCGGCCGAGCGGGCGGUCCCGGAUGGCGGCGGUGCAGGGAUGAUUUCUCUCCAGAGUUUAUUUUUGAAUGGAAGUGUGCUCCUUCCCAGUAGAAGAUGGUGAUCCUAAUGUAUGAUCAUGGAGAAGGGGAUAAGUUCAGUAGAAGUGUUACCUUCCAAAUCAUCUCAGGUUACAGCUGUAAAAGUGGUGGUCAAAGAGCCCGAAACAAAGCAAACCCAAAGAGGGAAACGAGUGGGAUUUGUGCUUGUCCAUGCAGGUGCAGGUUACCAUUCUGAAUCCAAAGCUAAAGAGUACAAGCAUGUGUGCAAAAGAGCCUGCCAGAAGGCAAUUGAAAAGCUACAGGCUGGUGCUCUUGCAACAGAUGCAGUGACUGCAGCACUUAUAGAAUUAGAGGAUUCUCCUUUUACAAAUGCAGGAUUGGGAUCUAACCUAAACCUUCUGGGUGAAAUAGAAUGUGAUGCCAGUAUAAUGGAUGGAAAGUCAUUGAAUUUUGGAGCUGUUGGAGCACUGAGUGGAAUCAAGAAUCCAGUUUCGGUUGCAAAUAGAUUGUUGUGUGAAGGGCAGAAGGGGAAACUCUCUGCUGGCAGAAUUCCACCUUGCUUUUUAGUUGGUGAAGGAGCUUACAGAUGGGCAGUUGAUCACGGGAUACCAGCAUGUCCUCCAGGUAUCAUGGCUACAAGGUUUAGUUUAGCAGCUUUUAAGAGGAACAAGAGGAAGCUGGAGUUGGCCGAAAAGGUGGAAACAGAUCUCAUUCAACUAAAGAAAAGAAGACAAUCAAAUGAAAAGGAGAAUGACUCAGGAACCUUGGAUACAGUUGGUGCAGUUGUUGUUGACCAAGAAGGAAAUGUGGCUGCUGCUGUCUCCAGUGGAGGUUUAGCACUGAAGCAUCCUGGAAGAGUUGGUCAGGCAGCUCUUUAUGGCUGUGGCUGCUGGGCUGAAAAUACAGGAGCUCAUAACCCUUAUUCCACUGCUGUGAGUACUUCAGGUUGUGGAGAGCACCUUGUCCGGACCAUACUGGCCAGAGAAUGUUCAUGUGCUUUGCAAACAGAGGAUGCCCACCAAGCUCUCCUAGAGACUAUGCAAAACAAGUUUAUUGGUUCACCUUUCCUAGCCAAUGAGGAUGGUGUGCUCGGAGGUGUGAUCGUUCUCCGCUCCUGCAGGUGUUCAGCAGAAUCCUCACAGGAAAAGCCAACUUUGCUAGUGGAAUUUCUGUGGAGCCAUACAACAGAGAGCAUGUGUGUUGGAUACAUGUCUGCACAGGAUGGCAAAGCUAAGGAUGCUUCAAAGGAAAAUAAAUUCUUCAAUCUGAGAGUGCAGUGUAUGCCUGCAAUGCAAGUUCUCAUACCAACGACAUCUCUUGAAGGUUCUGGCUAUGGGUAGGCAGCCUUUCCUUGAUUUAAUGUUGUGUAUCUUUGCAUAGUCAGACAGGAGCCCUUUUAUUUCAGGCAGGGUCUGCAGAGUAUUUGUUUACUCAAGUCCUGCAGUAUUCUGUAUGCAGAAAGUGUAAGUGGCUGGGAUACUUACUUCUUCCUGAAUCUGACCAGUGUCUUGUCAUGGUGAUUGACAGUAGUUGCUGGUGGCUGAUUUUUCUGCUUGAAGACGGGUAAUUCCUCACUUUGUUUUCAAUAGUGUUUGAAGUCAAAGUCCUUUUUUCCCAGUGCAAGAUCCAGUCUCAAUACCAGCAAAAUGUAGUUUUGGUAAUUUAUUUUGUGUAAGUAUUUGAAAUAAUUUAUCAGCUCAUUAUGUUUCUUAGUAUUUAUAAAUCUGCUAUAUGAUCUCUAUAAAUAAUGCAAACUUUGGCAAUUGCUGCAAAUGUUGCAAUAUUUUUGAGUAGUAGUUCAGACUCAUAAGUUUUAGUUCUUCUGACAGCUGGAUGACUUAGACAGCAAAUGUAAAAAGCCCAGUUGCAAUAUUGAAUAUAAUCCAAUUCAGUUGCCAGCUUAAAUCUCUUUUUGGCAGCUAUUCAGUUACUAUAACAUGAACUGCUAAGCUUUAUGUUAUGGCAGGUUUUAAUAAUGCAAAGCUACAUAAGCCGUUCUUUCCAUUCUCAAAUGAACCAAAUUCACUUUGCUUUGCAGGAUGUAGUGCAGCAUUAGUGGGGAGUGUUGCAUAUUGCUGUGUCUGCAGCAACUGCUGUCCACGCCAAACAUUGUGGUUACAAUGUUCAAACAGAAAAUUUUAUCUUUGACAGUUAAUUUCAUCUGCCAGUAGGAGCAAACAUAAACAUGAUGGACAGGGAGACCAUCUCCAGUUCACUUUUCCUGUGGAGAUGUAAGCUGUCAUCAUCAGAUUUACUUGCCUUUACUGACGUUGUAAAAUUUAGCAAAAGUCCUUCCCUCUAUGUCUGAAGUGAUACAUGUGACAAACACUGAUUGUAGUAAUUGUUGUUGGUUUUCUGAGGAUGAGCUUCUGUGUUUGACUUUGUGAGUGAAAGGUCUGUGAGAGCCCUUUGUCAGGAGAAGGGCAGUUUUCCAGUGCUCGUUGGGUGAAGAAACACAUCUUGGAAGCAUCCUGAUUCUAAUUUGAAAAUUAGUGGAAAAAUUUACUAAGCCUGUUUAGUGAGCAGAAAUAUGAAGUCAAAUAAUUCAGUCAUUCAUUUCAGACUACAGAGACAGUCUUUUAACUUCAUGAAACAGGAGAAGUAUAUGUCACUGUUCCACUUAUUUUCUUUAAUCUUCUCGCUUGUCUGGGGACUGGAGAAUCAGUCAGAAAUUUUCAUUUGAAAACUACUCUUUGCAUACAGUGGACCAUCCAGUUCUCUCAUAAAAAUAAGGUUUUUCUAUUUGUUGGAAACAAAUAGAAACCUAUUCCUGCUAAGAUACCAGUUAAAAUGGUUGGCUCAUAGACCUUCAUGGAAGUUAACUGGCUCUGAUAUGAGAAGAGAAAUUCACUUUUUGGGUUGGGUUCUUCCAUAAAGCCAGUAGUUCUGGAACUCCCUGGAUUUGGCUGACAGAGUGGAGUAGGGAAGAUGGGACAGUGUGUGCAGGACUGCAAAUAUAAAUGCAAUAACCUUAGCACCUGCAAUUCACAAUGAUACAAAUCACAUUUGAAAAUUCGUGACAGGGUUUUAGAAUACCUUCUAGAAAACCCUGGGAUGCUGAGCUGAUUAGAUGAUUGGUUGGUAUGUGUCUUCAGGCUGUCUUGGUACAGGUAUGAGUGAUUUAAUUGGAUGCAUAAUUAGUUUAUAGUAAUAUACUUACCCACAGAAUGAAUUUGAGCUUGGAAAACAACUUCCUAAGCAACCUGUAUCUAAAAGCAUUAUUUUCACUGCAGUAAGACCAGAAGUACCCCAUCACUGUGUCUUUCUGUUGUUUCCCAACAAGGACAAUAAUCUGGAACCUCUCUUUCUAUUUUUUCUCCAUUUUUUUUUCUGUAUUAAGGUUUCACCAAACAAGAUGCGCGUGGCAUUUUCUGAUAACAGCAAUUGUCAGUAUUUAGUGGGGCACCUUCUCCUGGUGUACUACAGGUGUACAUACAAACCACAGUGGAGGAGAGAUUACCAGGAGACAGAGCAGCAGAGUUGCUGCCAAAAAGGGUUCUUACUGCUUAGAAAAUAAAUUCAGAUUGUGUGGUCAGAUGGUUCUGAUGGUGGAAGUGUGUACCCAGCUAGAAGGCUCCAAAUUUCUAAAGAAUAUGUGAGUCUGGUGGUACUCUUUUUUUUCAGGGAGCAAAGCUGUAGAAAGCACUUUCCUUAAGGAUAUAGCAUCUUUGGUCUUUCAUUAUAUUUCAUCUCCAUAGUGUAAUGAAUGUAAAAAGUUUGUUUUAUAAAUUAUUCUGUCUCAAGCACAUCCUGAGUGUGUAAUAAGAGUGCUAAACACAUGAAGUACUCCCUAGAUUUGCUUAAGAACUGAAUGUGCUGCCAUCUGGUAGUUGUACUCUGUCCUCUUGGCAGCAUUUGAUUGAUUUCAGCUUUCUCAUGCAGCACUGCCUGUCUCUUGGCUGAAAUUUUAUAUAUUCCUUUUACGUUGUAUUUAUGCUUUUAAUGAAAGAAGAAUUCUCAAAGUUGUUGUGACAAACUGAUACUUUCAUGUGAAUAGGAGGAGGAGACUAGUUCUUUAAAAGAAAAUGUUUUUCAUAUUCCUUGGUCUCAAGGUUGUUUCAGAAUCCUCGUCUAUGAGACAUGAGGUAAUACAAGUCAAAAAGAUGAAACCAUAUAUUGUUCCUGUAGUAGUGGUAUUCCGUGUAUUCCAGAAAGGGCUAUUAGUUUUGGAAGUAGUAGGGAACUUUGCAGUGUGCAUCAGAAAACACUGGGAGAGUGUGGUAUUUUCGGGGUUCCCCAGAUGGAGGAGGAGUGAAUGAAUCUGACUCUAUGUUCUUAGAAAGCUAAUUUAUUAUUAUAUUAUAUUAUAUUAU